GGGUGUAGGGAGGGAACUUCUUGGCGUGCCCGGUUCUUCCGAGCAGUAGUGGAGGGUUAUCAAGUGUAAUGAUCAGGUUGUUGCUGGAGUUCAUCUAAAAGUUACUUUCCCAUGCAGGGGAGGGGUGAGCCCUCAGGAGCAUUAAGUUUUUGUCCAAACCUAACACUCCCCACUACCCCUGGGCCCAUCAGAACCUUAUUUCUUAUAUAUCAGCCCCUUGGGUACCUAUCACCCGCUUCUCAGGAGGCUGAUGGGAGGAUAGGGCCCCUAGGCCCCUAGAAAGCUUAGAGACAGCCCCCAAAUGACCCUCGUUUGUCCCUUUCUCAAGUCCUGAGAGCUGCAAUCACAGUCACAGCAGCUCCUGCCACACCGUGGCCACACCGCUGCUAGUGACAGUCAUGAGGCCGGCACUCCUCCCCUGUCAUCCGCUGCACACACAGGCCCACGUGCGUCCCCAGGCGCCCAGGCGCCUGAAUCACUGCUGACGGCUUGGGACCUGGUGGCGUGGGCUCCUGGGGAUCCAUUGGGGAAGGGAGGAGGUGGCCACGUCACCUCAGAGAAAACACCUGUGGCCAUAAAUAGGCAGCCAGUGAAGGCAGCACAGCACAGCCUGCACAGCAGCACCACGCUGUACCCACCUGUGCCAGGAUGCCCGACGCCAUGCUGCCCGCCUGCUUCCUCAGCCUGCUGGCUUUCACCUCUGCCUGCUACUUCCAGAACUGCCCGAGAGGUGGCAAGAGGGCCAUAUCCGACCUGGAGCUGAGACAGUGCCUCCCCUGCGGCCCCGGGGACAAGGGCCACUGCUUCGGGCCCAGCAUCUGCUGCGGGGACGAGCUGGGCUGCUUCGUGGGCACGGCCGAGGCGCUGCGCUGCCAGGAGGAGACCUACCUGCCGUCGCCCUGCCAGUCGGGCCAGGGGCCCU